GUAGUCGCUGCAGCAGCAGUACUAAUAGUAGUAGAAGUAGUAGCAGCGACAUUUGUAGCAGCGGUUCUACUAUCGUGACAUAGACUUUUAUGGCAAGUACAUCGUUUUUGCCUCCAUACAAAUCACUAAUAAGACCUCAAUAUAAGAAGAACCUGGUGGAAUUGAUGCAGAGAAGGCCUACCAAGACCCAGUUCUGUGAACUGUGACCCUAAACAGACUCAUGGCCUGCCAAAGCCACCUGGUACUCCUCCUCCUCGUCCUGAUAGCAGUCAGCACACAGCUAUCACAGGGACAGCACUGGUCUCAUGGUUGGUACCCAGGAGGCAAGAGAGAGCUGGAUAUGCCUUCAUCCCCAGAGAUCUCAGAAGAAAUUAAGCUUUGUGAAGGAGAGGAAUGCGCUUAUCUCAGGAACCCCAGGAAAAACCUGUUAAAGAACAUAUUGGCUGAUGUACUGGCGCGGCAGCUACAGAAGAAGUAACGUUAUAACCGAUUACUCUACGCGUUUUCAUCCUCCGAUUCCUGCGUUGUUUUGAAGCCACGCCUUGUUUACCAUCCCCCAAGACUUGUCGGUGACCGGGCAUCACUCGCGCUCCUUGGCAUUAUGUUUUAUUUCUGUAUUGGAGGGGGGAGGGGUGCGGCAGGGGUUUACAACACAUUCCUUAUAUUCUGGGAUCCAGUAUUUGUAACCAGGGAGAAUUUUCAUUUUCCGUUCUUGUAUCAUGAACCGCUAGCGUCUAGGUACCUGUGAUUUAUUUUAUUUUUUUCAUACAUCGCAUUUUGUAUUUUCCUGAGAUUUUUUCGGAAAUGUGUUUAGCUAGGUGACGCUAAAAAUGGGGCAUCUUGAA